AUGACUGAGUCACAAACGUGCAAAGUUUUGUGUGUGGUUCAAGAAGAAACAGGGGAAACAGUAGUCGAAUGGAUCGACAACAUUGAUAAUGAAAGAAGAAAGUAUGUCUUGACGGAAGAAAAAAAAGUACAGAUUUGUGCUGCAGUAGAACUGCAUAAUGAUCGCAUCACAUCAAGGCAGAUUGCGCGAGAACUAGAUGUAAGCAAAGCGUUCGUUCUGGCAGUCCUGAAGGAAAACGGUUAUUUUCCUUACAAGCCGAAAAAUGGACAGAUCUUAUCGGCUGAUGAUAAGCAGAGGAGAAUGGAAAUGUCUAUGUAUCUUUUGGAACAGAUUGAAGAAAGCCCGAACAUGGCUGAGAAGAUACUUUUCAGCGACGGGUGCACAUUCAAACUGAAUAGAACGCGUAACGUCCAACAAAUGCGAACGUGGUCAAGGAAGAAUCCUGAAUUUUUGGUACCUACGCACACGCAGUACCCAGUGACCGUCAACGUAUGGUGUGGUAUGCUCGAUGACAAAAUUAUUGGGCCAUUUUUUAUUGAGGGCACCUUAACUGUUGAGAAGUACGUCGCAUUGCUAGCAGAAGAGGUCGGACCAGCAUUAGUUGAUGCUUUAGAUGGAGGAGACGAAGAGAUCAUUUGGCAACAAGACAGGGCACCAGCUCAUACAGCCCAUCAGGUCAGGAACCUGCUAAAUGAAAUGUUUGACCGUCGGUGGAUCGGGAAAUUUAGUCCAUUCAUAGAAUGGGCUCCGCGUUCGCCGGACCUGACUCCUCUGGACUACUUCUUCUGGGGCCACAUAAAAAGCAAAAUAUAUGGACACGUACGCCUCGUGAAUCUGGAACAUCUCAAGCACAUGAUUGCGGAGAUAAUCGGAGAUAUCUCUCCGGAAGUAUUGCGAAAAGUAAGCACCAGAACAUUUGAAAAACGGCUUCGUCUGUGUGUUGCCGCUGAAGGAGACUUAUUCAAAUACCGAAUGCGUUGA